AUGGUACGCCUAGUUCCAAAAUGACAGGAGUGGAUAAAUGCCGUUACCUCCUACCCGGCCCCAUCUCACUUCCGGGUCUGUGGCAAGGCAACUUCCUUUUGGGAUAAGAAGGAACGGCUGGUGAAGAAAAUGAUUAUAGACUUAUGGAGAUAUUUCUAUACAAAUAUCUUUCGAUUUUGGCUAAAGUGGAUCUUAAGACUGGUAACUGGAAAAUGUGAAUUGCAGCGUAUUUGCAAUGGCACAAGGAAAAAUGCAAAAAGAACACUACGAAUAGAGUAUUCACUGGAAUCAUCGAAGCAUAAGUCCUUGCAAAAUGCUUUGAACACUACUGAAGAUGAAGUGGAAAAAUGUGUUGCGUGCAUAAUAGAAGAAAAGAAGAUUAAAGUACAGAAAGAUGUAGGAUUUGCUUCAAAGCUACAAUCAUCUUUACUCCAAAUAUCAGGCUACAAGAAACUCUGUUUGGCAGUGGAAGAUCUCAAAAAACAAAUAUAUAAUUCAGACAAUAAAGAACAUGAAGAGCAAUUAAUGGAGCUCUGGAAUUUGUUAAUGCCCCAUGAAAAACUGAAGGCCAGAAUCACAAAGCAGUGGUGUGAUAUUGGUUUCCAAGGUGAUGACCCUAAAACAGACUUCAGAGGAAUGGGAAUGCUGGGAUUAACUAAUCUUCUAUAUUUUAGUAAACAUUAUCCUCAUGAAGCUCGUCAAAUCCUUGUUCGUUCAAAUCAUCCAAAACUUGGAUACUCUUAUGCAAUCGUUGGAAUAAAUUUGACAGAGAUGGCUUACAGUCUGUUAACUAAAGGACUUUUAAAGAGCCACUUUUACAACUUGGUUCCUGGUGCUCCUCAGCUGAACGAUUUCCAUCAGUUUUACUGUUAUUUGACAUAUGAAUUUGACAAUUUCUGGUUUGAAGAGAAACCGGAGAGUAUUAUGUACUUCAACCAGUAUAGAGAGAAGUUUCAUGACAAAAUCAAAAGACUACUCCUGGAUUAUGAUGUGGUCCUUGCCUUAAAAACUGAAAACUAGAAAUGUCUGAUUCUUUUGGGUUCUGUACAUAAAUAAUAUGCACUUGAUCGAAACUCUGGUAUUCAACCAAAAAUUCCAUUUAUUGCUCAAAGGUUUAUACAUCCAUUAUUAUUUUUAUAGAAAAUAUGCUUGGACAAUCAAUACUUAUUUAAGACUGAACAUUGUAUUCGAAAGAUAUUUUUUUUAAUAUAAAGAUCCUCAUUGGAUCAUAAGACCUCACAGUUUUUCUACACUUAGUAGAAGGUGUAAAAUAAUUGUUGAACUUUAUCAUGUUGCUCAGCUAUAGAUUCAUAUCCAAAUUUGAUUGAUACUUGAUUUACAGUAAAAGAUGUUAUGAUAGUUCAUUAAUGGAAAAUUUGUUGUAGAUUUUUUUAUAUUGUAUAUCUUGUUCUUUUCAAAUAUGGAAGCUUUAGUGCUCUGUUAUGAUUUGGAAAAGAAUAUAUACAUCAAUAAGUAGUAUGUUACUUGAAUGAAUGAAAGCUGUCUUUAGUGUCCUUACUUAGUCAUAUUCAUUAACUGUUUUAUCUCCCUUUGGAGGUGUAUAGAUAGAAACUCGUAGAUUAAUCUUUCAUUUCAAAAGAAAUGUUAUACACUACCAUAAAAUAUAAAACUAAAUAAAUUUUGCCUCUAUUGCCAUCAAAUAUCAAUCUCUGUCCUCCCUCCAUCUGUUUUUUCAUUUAACAACAUUUAGGAGGUACAGUAUAUAACAUAGAACUUAAAGUAUUUAAUAGAAGAUAAUAAUUAGUACAUUCUUUUUUCAAUGUAUCACUCAUUGAGAACUACAUAUAUAAUUCUCAGACAAUCUAGGUACUAGAAUUGUACUCAUGUUGAAAAUCUAUACAGACUUUUUUUCCCCCUAAACUUUGUAUUUAGCCUUGUUGACAUUUGAGAGAUGGCCAGAAUGAUUAAGGUUGUUAAAGUGCCUUUUAUUUAAAGCAGUUGAGUAUCAUCCCUGGAGCUGGGAUUAACUGAUUUUUAGAUAGCUCCUAGGAUGUGCCUCUGUUAUAAUAUUUAAUACUGGAAUUGGGCAUAUUUAAUCUUGCUAACUAAAAAUGUGUGUGCAAAUUAUAUCACCAAUCCAGAAAAAGUGAAUCAAAAUAUUUGAAGAAUAUUUAAAGAAAAUACGAUUGUAUAUGACAACUUGGGCAAAAUUUAUUAUGAAUUGGGCUUUGGCAAAGAAAUACAGGAUUUAUUUUUAGUGUUUAUAGUUAUCUUGCAAAUGCUCAUUUUAUCUCAAAAAAUUGCUGAAAGAAAACAUUAGAUACUAUGUAAAAUGCAUGUUGGACAUAUUAAAAAAUGGUCUGCACUGUC